AUGGAGUUGCUCUGGCUGUGGAUACCUGUUUUGGGCUCUCUGGUGUUAGCAGAAGUCUUGUGGACUCUACCCAUCGAUCAGGAUCAGUGGCCGAGGCCUGAGGAUGUGGAGCUGGCUGAGGGCUACCUCAGGAGGUUUUACAACCCGAGCCCCGGAGGCAGCGUGUCGGGGAGAAGGGUCAGGUCCACGUCGUCAACCAUGGAGGAGAAGAUCAGAGAAAUGCAAACCUUCUUUGGUCUGAGAGAGACAGGUGGUCUGGACUCUACCACCCUGGAUGUGAUGAAGGAGCCCAGCUGUGGUGUUCCAGAUGUGGAAAACUUCAGCUUUUACCCCGGAAAGCCUAAAUGGAAGAACAACACCAUCACGUACAUGAUAGCCAAAUACACUCCGGACAUGAAGAGAGAGGACGUGGAAAAGUCCUUUCGUUCAGCCCUGAAGAUGUGGAUUGAUGCUGCACCGCUGAGGUUCAUCAAAGUCAACCAUGGCAAAGCUGAUAUCGUCUUCUCCUUCGCCCGCAGAACUCAUGGAGAUUUCUUUCCCUUUGAUGGACCCCGGGGAGUGCUGGCUCACGCCUUUCAGCCAGGAGAGGGGAUAGGAGGAGACGUGCACUUUGAUGAAGAUGAAACAUGGGCCGGAGGGAGGCAAGGUUACAGCCUGUUCGCUGUUGCAGCUCAUGAGCUCGGCCACUCACUGGGUUUGACCCACUCAAAAGACCCCUCUGCUAUCAUGUACCCCAACUACAGGUAUAAAAGCAGCACGCAGUACUCUCUAUCCAACGAUGAUGUGCUUGGGAUCCAAACACUGUAUGGAAAAGAAACAAGAAAAGUUGAAACACAACCAGCUCCCAAAAAGUGUGACCCCAACCUUUCUUUUGAUGCAGCAGUUAUGAUCCAAAACGAGAUAGUUUUCUUUAAGAACAGGUACAUGUGGAUGAGAACAACGCAGACAACUUAUUGGAAUCGCCUGAGAGAGAGCCACAGCAGCACAUUACCCGGCAUCAGCUCUCACAUGGAUGCCGCGUAUGACAUCGCUGCCAAAGGCGUGGCGUACAUAUUCACUGGUCAUAUGUACUGUGUGGUUCGAGAGCUUAAGAUGAAAAGUCAUGCUGGCUCCAUCUACGAGUACGGCUUCUCCUCCCAAGUCAGGCAGGUUGACGCUGCCGUGCAUAUCAGUGAAUCUGGGAAGACGGUCUUCUUCACAGGAGAGGUUUAUUACAGGUAUGAUGAGCGCAGGAGAAGGAUGGACCCCGGCUUCCCCAGACUCAUCCAAACAGACUGGCCUGGAAUACCGAGAAGGGUCGAUGCUGCCUUCAAGUUACGUAGAUGCAUCUUCCUCUUCAGCGGGACAAAAUCCUACCAGUAUGACUUCAAUCAAAACCGGGUGGUGAAUAUUAUUCCAGCAAAUUCUUGGCUAGGAUGUUGA